UGGCCGGUGCGCGCACUUAUUUGAAAAAAGAACAAUCGUGCUUCUUUUGUUAUUUUUUUUUUUCAGUUUACAAUUUCUUCGGUAAAAGUUACAUUAUAUCCUAAAACAGUUAAGAAAUUAUAAUGCAGUGAAAAGUGUGUAUUUUUAGUUAAAAAAAAUAGAAAACUUAUUCAAGUAAUGAUGCAGGCGUCUUCAAGCAGCGAGCGCACUCCCCUGGUGCAACCCACAUACGUCUUCGAGUCCAGCUUGGCACGUCGCUACCAGAAAAGACUGCACCACACACAAUGUGCCAUCUGCGUGUUUAUUAUAGCGAUACUAUUGGUGGCUCUACUAGUAACUAUCUCCUACAACUUGAGCAAUGACUUCGACGAUAUGGACACCACAACAGUACCCAGUGCACCAGAGGUACCGCCAGAGAACAAUCUGACACUUUUGGGGAUGUUCCCUGGCAUGAUCCCGCCUGGACACUAUGCUAAUGGAACACCACUGGAAAUGCCACCGGAUUUACAACCGCUUCUGGACAAGGAGUGGCCGUUGAAAGAAAAACCAGUAGCAGCCUGGGCUGCCACCCAUCCGAGCAAAGCGGCCAUAGACUCAGCCCUACUCAAGGGCAAAGCCGCUCUUCAAGAGCUGGCGAAGGUGGAACUGCUCCGAAGGCCCUUAGCCAUGGACACUCCAGCUAACAGGGCACAGAGGGCUGCCGCUACUGGUGCUGAUGUUAAACCGCUGGCCGAUGCUGGGUAUGCUGCUGAAAUAGCCACCAAAGCUCUUAUUAAUGGCACGGACAUAUCCCAAAGACCAGGUGGAUCAGGCCAGGGUCCCAAGCUGAACGGAUCCUUCUCAGAGCCCCAGUAUUGUAUGGAAAACCUGCCACCAUGCCAGCCGUCCAAGUACAGGACUCUUGAUGGCACUUGCAAUAAUUUGGAGAAUGCGUACCGCUGGGGAGUCUCUAAGACUCCGUUUAGAAGGGUGCUGCCUGCUGAUUAUGGUGAUGGCAUCAGUUCCCCCCGCACAGGAGUAGACGGGGCCCCGCUGCCCAGCGCCCGCGACGUGAGCGUGACGGUGCACCGGCCCAGCUACGCGCACGACUCCGUGUUCACCGUCAUGCUGGCCGUCUGGGGACAGUUCGUCGACCACGACAUCACCGCCACUGCGCUUAGUAAAGGUCAGAACGGCACAGCGCUCUCUUGCUGCGAUCCAUCUCAGAGCCCACACCCGGAGUGUUUCCCCGUAAGACUCGAUGUAGAGGAUCCCUUCUAUGAAGACUAUAACAUCACCUGCAUGGAGUUCGUCAGGUCUGCACCAGCUCCCACUUGUCAUUUUGGUCCUCGUGAACAGCUAAACCAAGCCACAGCAUUCAUUGACGCAUCCACAGUGUACGGGUUCGGUGAAGUUCGCAGUGCGUCACUAAGGUCAUUUGUGGGCGGACAGCUGCGGAUGCUGAAGAUUGGAUCCACGGAGCUGCUGCCACCUUCUACUGAUCCUAAUGACAGCUGUAAUACUGCUGAGAUGAAUGCUAAGGGACGAUACUGCUUUGAGUCAGGCGACGACCGCGCCAACGAGAACCUGCACCUCACCACCAUGCACCUGCUGUGGGCGCGCCAGCACAACCGCCUCGCCGCCACGCUGCGCAAGCUCAACCCUGCUUGGGAUGAUGACAUCGUUUUCCACGAGGCUAGGCGGAUCGUUGGAGCUCAGAUGCAGCAUAUCACUUACUCUGAGUUUCUACCUUGUAUACUUGGAGCGGACGUGAUGUGGGCACUGAACUUAACGAUACAAGACGAAGGCUACGCAGACGUGUAUGACCCGACAGUAGACCCAUCUAUUGCUAACCACUUCGCUUCCUCGGUCUUCAGAUUCGCACACACAUUGCUACCGGGUCUUAUCCACAACACAGACAAAAGCACCGGCACGAUCCAAUACACGCAGCUGCAUCAGAUGUUAUUCAACCCCUUCACUCUGUACACUAAGAAGGGACCCAAAGAGGCCGUCACCUCCGCCAUGAACACACUCGUGCAUACUGUGGACCCACAUGUUACUACUGAGCUCAGCAACCACUUAUUCGAAAAGCCCAUCGUAGCUAACUCUUCAACUGCAAAUGUCACAAAACCUGGGCCUUGUGGUUUGGACCUUGUGUCCCUCAACAUACAGCGCGGGCGGGACCACGGUCUGCCGCCCUACCCCGAGUGGAGGGAACACUGCGGACUGUCCCGACCUAAGAACUUCUCAGACCUCAAUGACAUCUUCGACGCUUCCUCUCUUGGCAGGAUUUGUAAGAUUUACAAUUCGGUAGAUGACAUCGACCUGUAUACAGGUGCUUUAGCAGAGGACCCUAAGGGUCGUCUCCUAGGUCCCACCCUGACCUGCCUCAUAGCCGACCAGUUCAUGAGAAUUAAAGUCGGCGACCGAUUCUGGUACGAAUCCUCAGACGAGACCGUCGCUUUCACCAUGGAACAACUCACCGAAAUUCGCAAGACAACCCUGGCUGGUGUGAUCUGCGCAAACGAAGACCUGCUAGACCAAGCGCAGCCAAGAGUCAUGGAGGCAGUCGGUGCUAUCAACCCAUUGGUGGACUGCAAGGAACUCCCGCAGCCCAGCCUCAAACCCUGGGCCACCGUCAAGAAAGGAAAAUCCUAAAAAAACAACUAAAGGUAAUGUAGUGAUACCUAGUCCUAACUGUACUAGGUGGAUUAUUGAACCUGACCCGGCUUGUUUAAAUUGUAUCCAUUUGUAAUUUUUAAUAAAUCUUUUAGCAAACAACAUCGACAAUUUUCUUUUUUCAAAAUUCCGUGCAGGCCCCAAGAUUGUGCCCUGUGUAAUUUCGGCGAUUUUGUGAGAGCGAGUUACCUCAUAUGGUGCGAUUUUUAUUAUGCUCUAUCAAAAUUUUGGUUUUGCAACAAAAAGAUAAAUCGCAUAAUGAAGUAAAUUAUCUCACUUGAAAAUAUGGCUAUCUAGGUUUCGAUCAAAGACGUUCCACCGUCUUGAAAGCCUGAUUAGGUUCAAAGAUGCAGCUGGUAUAUUAGUUGUAAAUAAAAUUAAAUCAUAGUUAAUAGAUAUACUUACUACACACAAAGAUUAUGCUCGUUUUUCUAUAGAUUUAUUUCGAAAAGUCUUACAAAAGUUAUUUUAAAGAACGAAUCUUUAACAAAUUCUUCAACAUUAUUCGUUCUUGGGGUUUCAGUGUCCCUGCAUGUUACUGUUUCUAGAAAGUUUUAAAUGUUGAUACCACACAAUUAAGACAUACAAGAAUUUGUCUACAUGACUAUUAUUUAAUACUUGUCUUAAGAAUACUCAGAUUCUUAAUCUUGCCUAUACUUAUGUUUUAUGAGCACGAGUACUGUAUGUUUGGAAAUUUUUGAAGCGAAAAUAUUUUGUCACUUUUUAUUUUCCUCGAGGUAAAAAACGUAUAAAAAAUAAAGACUUCAUUUACAAAAUAAACAGGAAUUAAGUGGGUAUGUUUGUUGAUAUUUAAAUACCAACAGUGAGAAGAAAGAAAAUGACCGACCAAAAUAUUUUGGAUGAUUUUGCAAAUAUUUCAUCAGCAUUUAAACCUUUUGAAACGAGGUGUUCAACAAUGAGUGUGAGUAAAUAAAUAUUGAUCUGCUAAUUUGUACCUGCUGGUUAAACAUAACACACAUAAGGUUUUCAUUUGUCUCCAUUAUUUAAAUUAUCCUCUUCAGAUGUGACAAGGUUUUAGUUAAUUUUAAAAUCAGUGUUGAUUAAUAGUGUAAUAUUGAGAUUUGCAUGAGGGAUAAAUAUUUAUUUACCAAUAAUGAUAGUUAUGUAUUAUCCUUCAUCGUUACCGCAUUUAGUUAAAAGGUUAAGAAUGAAUGAGAACUGGUAAGGAAAUUCUUAGUACUUUACUUUGUUUGUAUGGGAAAUAAUUUAUGAUAUCUUAUUCAGUUUUUCUAUGUAAUGUUUAAUGAGUAUUAUAGGGCAUAGAGUGCCAGGCCUUUUUUAUAUUAUUGCUUUUGCUAUUAAAUAAAAAAUGUCUACGUUUGCCAUGUUAAUUAAUUUUAUGAAGUAAUUAGGUUAAGUAAAGUUUAUAUUGAAGUAUUUAACCCAUACCUCACCAAGUAGUCGAUUGACGUUUCUGUCCAUUAUUGUAAUUAAACAUAUUGAACUAAA